AUGAACUCAAAUGGCUAUCCAUCGAGCUUUGACAAGGAGCUAGAUGCCGUUCAAGUCCACAAGACUGUCGAAGGCAUUACGACAAUCACAAUGAAUAGACAUCAUCGCCGAAAUGCCAUCGAUGGCCCAACAGGGAAAAAGUUAACUGAUGCUCUGUUGGACUUUGAAAGCGAUCAUAGUCAAAAGGUUUGCGUUUUUUAUGGUGCAAAUGGAACCUUUUGUGCUGGAUUUGACCUUCAUGAAGUGGCCAAGUUUGAGGAGCAGAAGGCUGGUUAUACCGGUCCGAGAAUUGCUGAGAAUGAGCGAGUGGAGGGUCGUAACAUUGGUCCCAUUGGACCUUCCCGAAUGCAAAUUCGGAAACCGAUUAUUUGUGCUGUUUCAGGAUACGCCGUUGCUGGUGGGUUGGAACUAAGUCUGCUUGGUGACAUCCGUGUCGCUGAGGAGGAUGCCAUCUUUGGUAUAUUUUGUCGACGUUGGGGCGUCCCCCUCAUUGAUGGUGGUACCUGCCGUCUGCAAGCCAUUGUUGGACUUGGUCGUGCCCUCGAUAUGAUUCUGACCGGCAGAGGGGUUGGGGCUAAAGAGGCUCUUAUGAUGGGUCUUGCUAAUCGCGUGGUCCCCAAGGGUAAAGCCCUUGAAGAGGCGACCAGAAUCGCCCAACAAUUGGUUACUUUUCCACAGGGCUGUAUGAACGCCGAUCGUACCUCAUGUUAUUAUGCUGCCUAUAAUGCCAGCUCUUUUGAAGAUGCUUUGCGUUUCGAAUACGACAAUGGUAUCAAGGUUAUUGACUCUGAGAGUGUCAAAGGGGCUGCGAGAUUUAGUGCUGGAGCUGGGCGUCAUGGCAAGUUUGAUUACGAGGAAAAACUUUGA